GAAAAAUAGUACCGGAGGAGGGAAAAAUAGUACCGGAGGAGGGAAAGGGCAGCACCCAUCGCAGAUUGGAGGGAAAAAAUACAGUCGCCUAGUUUGGAGUCGUUGCUUUACCGAUGCAGCAGGCGAUUCCAACGAUUCAGUUCCUGUGAAGAUGACGGAGAAUAAGAAUGCAGAGCCCUACACACUCAACGAGGAGAAUAUGUUCCCUUGUUUGGUUCCUCAUGUUGGUAUGAAAUUCAGAAAUACAGAUGAGGGUUGGAACUUUUGGUUAGCCUAUGGUGGUCAAAGAGGUUUUGAUGUUAGGAAAAGAUACACAAACAAAAGUAAGAUUGAUGGCAAAGUUACAUCAUGUAGAUUUGUUUGUGCCAAUGAAGGUCAUAGAGGGAAAGAUAAAAGGGAUGAUCAAGUGAAAUGUCAUCGAGCUGAAACAAGAACAGAUUGCGAAGUGCGUAUGUGCCUUGUAAAGGAUAAAGAUUCUGAUGAGUAUAAAAUAAAUGAUCUGAAUUUGGAACACAAUCAUGUCCUUCACUCGCCAGAAACUUUCCACUUGAUGGUGUCACAAAGAAAAAUUUCAGAUUUGCAAGCUUUUGAAAUUGAGACAGCCGAUGAUUCAGGAAUAGGUCCAAAAGCAUCACAUGAAUUAGCAUGUCGCCAAGUGGGUGGACCACUUAAUUUGAGUUAUACCCUCCGUGAUCAUAAAAACUAUUUGCGAGGCAAGCGACAACGAGAGAUGGCAUAUGGUCACGCUGGAAGCAUGCUUAAAUAUUUUCAGAACAAAAUGGUAGAGAACCCCUCAUUUCAAUAUGCAACACAAAUGGAUAUCGAAGAGAAGAUCGCGAACAUAUUUUGGGCUGAUGCUAAAAUGGUUGUUGAUUACACACAUUUUGGUGAUGUUGUUUCCUUUGACACCACAUUUGGGACAAAUAGAGAGAGUCGACCUUUUGGUGUUUUUGUUGGAUUCAAUCAGUUCAGAGAAACAGUAAUCUUCGGUGCUGCUCUAAUGUACGACGAGACAUUUGAGUCUUUCAAGUGGAUAUUUGAGACCUUUCUAAAAGCACAUAAUGGAAAGCAACCUAAAACAUUCUACACGGACCAAGAUUUUGCUAUGGGAAAGGCUGUUGAGCAAGUGUUUCAUGAGGCAUGGCAUGGGUUAUGCACCUUUCACAUAAUGCAAAAUGCUAUCAAACAUUUGCCUAAGCAAGAAAAGGAUAAAGGCUCAAAUAUUCUAGCUGAUUUUAGUGCAUGCAUGUUUGAGUAUGAGGACAAGGAAAAAUUUGAAACAGAAUUUGUCAUGUUGAGGACAAAGGUACAGAAGCAAACUUGGUUAGAUAGUAUUUACAAGUUGAAAGAAAAAUGGGCUGCAUGUUAUAUGAAACAUGUCUACACAUUAGGCAUGCGAAGCACACAAUUAAGUGAGAGCCUAAACAAUGAUUUGAAAAUUCAUUUCAAAUCCGAUUUUGACAUCAUUCGAUUUUUGAAGCAUUUUGAAAGGGUGGUGCAAGGGAAAAGAAAUAAUGAGCUGAAAUCGGAAUUCGAAUCAAGAAAAAAACAACCGAGGAUAAUAAUGAAGAUACCCAUGUUGUUGCAAGCAAGCAAAUUGUACACACCUAUUAUAUUUGAAGCUUUUCAAAGCCAAUAUGUAAGGUCUAUGACAGCAUGCACCAAAGUAUUAGAUGGAAAUAAUGAAUACCUUGUUGCAACCGGGAGCCUCGGUGAAGAACUUGUCCUUGAGGAAGAGUGCAAAGUUAUUGGUAAUCCAUUGGACCAAUCAGUUGUAUGCAGCUGCAAUUUAUUUAAUAGAACUGGGAUAAUAUGUGCUCAUGCUUUGAAAGUUCUUGAUUUGAUGAAUAUCAAGUCAUUGGCUGCCCAAUAUAUAUUAAAAAGAUGGACACGACAAGCACGGAGUGGCACAGUACAAGACAUGAAUGGGAAAAAGGUAAUUGAAAAUCCAAAGUUUGAUGCAAUGCUUCGCUAUAGAUACUUUUCUCGGAAGCUUCUGAAUUUAGCGCAUCGAGCAGCCUACUUUCCAGAGUGCACCCUAUUGAUGGAUAGCACAAUUGACAUCCUUGGUCAACAGAUUGAAGACAGAAUUACCACAUGCACAAAUGACGAUCAAAGUGUUUCUCAGAGUGAUCUUGCUCCACCAAAUGACACAUUGAGUAAUGUACAAUUGAAGAAAAAAGAGGUUCGCAUAAAAACUUCAAAGAGAAAAAAGCUUGGCUGGGAAGAAAAACACAAGGGGAGGAAAAAUGGACAAAACAGAACUCAGUUGCAAGUACAAGUAUCAAUGGCACAAGAAAUAGAGAAAGAAGUAAGCAGCAACGAAAAGAGGAAAGAGCCUGAAGAAUAUAGUACUAUCAGCUCCUUCACCCAACUAUUGAAUGGAGCAAGCAGUGAUGAUCUAAAAAUUGAGGGAUUCUUUUAGUGAAUUCUUCUUUUUAGUUCUGGAGCAAUUGAGGAGGGCUAUUUUGUUGUUAGCAAUUGCUACUAGUAUUUUGUUUAGGAGCAAGUGAGGAGGGCUAUUUUGUUGUUAGCAAUUGCUAGGUGGAAUGUUCAGUUUCAAUCGCAAAUGAAAGUUAAUUGCUGAAGAAAGAAAUGUU